AUGCACUUCUCCAAGUCUCUCACGCUGCUGGCAGCCCUGACCAGCAGCGCACUCGCUCGCCAUGGCCACAGUGCCCGGCAUGAAGGCCAUCUCCGUCGCCAGGAUACUGGCAGCACGGUCACUCUGACUACCACCAACACUGUUUAUGUCUGCCCGUGUGAUUCGUCGACCUCGACCAGUCUGGUGUCGAUCUCUACGCCGAUCCCUGCGACUACUUCGACCUCGACUGUUGCGUUGACCUCUUCUACUUCGACCUCCACCUCGAUUUCUACUUCCACUUCCACCUCAUCGUCCACCUCAACUGAGAUCUCUACUUCGACUACUGUCUCAUCAACCUCCACUGCCGCUGCUUCGACCACUUCAUCUGGAGCUAGUGCCGACUGGAGCUCCGUUCCCUCCAGUGGAGAGUACUGCACCACGGGCUUCGGUGGUGUGACCAACUCUUCCGGCUCGGGUGAUACUUACGUCGGCAACGUCGGCAGCCCCUACGGUACCAAUAUCCAGGAGGUGUCCGCCUCCGAGGCCAGCAGCUACAAGUACGUCGUGGAGUUCCAGGGCUCCAACACCGAGGACUGGAAGGUCGUGAUCUGGAACAAGAUUGGCCCCGAUGGCAAGAUGGACGGCUGGUACGGUAACGCCUGCCACAGCUUCACCAUCGCGGCCGGUGCCACCAAGUACUACGCCUUCGAUACCGAUUCCCAGGGUGGCUGGACUGCUUCCAAGGGCUCCAUCCCCCUCAACGAAUACGGUAGCUAUGCUUCCACCUGGGGUGAAUUCGACUUCGGCUCUACUGCCAAUGAUGGCUGGUCUGGCUUCGACGUCUCCGCUAUUCAGGCCCAGAACGCCGGUCUCACCGUCCAGGGUAUGAAGAUUUGCAGCGUUCUCUCUGACGGCACUUGCUCUUCGAUCACCGAGGAUGCCGAGACCGUUGACAACGCCUACACUGCUGCUCUCGCCGACGAGGGUGGUCUUGGUGGCAACCUGGUCGCCGGUGCUGUCCGUCUGGCCGUCACCCUGGACUACUCCAGUUAA